GGGAACACGGUAUUGGCAAGGAGAAGCCGAGAAGGCAGAGGUGGGCCCCGCCAUUGUCGUCCCCACCAUUCCACCCAUCAAUAAUUGCUUUCCUCCACCUCCUCCCGCUCCCCUCUCUCUCUCCUCUGCAUCGUCACCCAUCUCCACCCUGUUUUAACAGAACCCAUGAUGCUCGACCGAAUCCAUCUUCUCCUUCCCGUCACCCUCAUCUUUCUCCUCCGCCUCAUCGCCGUCCACACCUCCGAUUCACCGCCGGAGAAACCGGCGAGCGCGUACGAAGUCCUCCGCCGGCACGGUCUCCCCAUCGGACUCUUCCCUAAGGGCGUUCAAGACUUCCGAAUCGGCAGCGAUGGUCGAUUCGAGGCGCAUUUGCCGGAGGAAUGCACGGUCACGUUCGAAACGGCGGUCCAUUACCAGCGAAACGUCACAGGAAUGCUCUCUUACGGCCAGAUCGCCGGCAUCUCUGGAGUCACCGCGCAGGAGCUUUUCCUCUGGUUCCCCGUUCGAGUUAUCCGCGUUGAUAUCCCCAGUACAGGUCUCAUCUACUUCGACGUCGGCGUGAUCUACAAACAGUUCUCUCUGUCCCUCUUCGAGACGCCUCCUGAUUGUCGCCCUGCUUCCCACGAUCGGCUUAUCGAGAGAGUAAAAUCUGUGAGGAUCCGAGUUGAUCGCGAUGAGGAAGAUGGCGGAAGAGCAACUGUUUGAAUUCGAAUGGGGGGAGAGAGUUAGGGUUUGCUGCUAGGGUUUGUUUGGUUGGCGGAUUUGAUUCGAUUUCUGAAGCUGAUGAGAGCUCGCAUGCCUGCGAUUAUGACAUAGAGAUCAAAUUUUGGCCGUGUUCUGGUCUCGCCGGAGUUCUGCGGAGCGAAGCCGAAGCGUUCUGGAGAAUGUGGGUGGGAGAGAAAUGGGACUUGGGAUAAUGGGUGUAAUUUUUUUUUUCGAUAAUAAAAAA